AUGACAGAUUUGAAAAGUUUUGAUCAGCAGCUCUCCUCUGCGAUUUUCGGAGAAUAUACUGACUCUUUCCUGACCGGAGAUCACAUGAUCACCACUCCUCAUUUUCUUAUCCACGGUCUAGAACAUUUGAAUAUUGGACCGGCGAAUGCUCGAACUCUCGAUAGUCGACGCCGCUGUGUGUACGUUCUUCUGAGCACUUCUCGGCGUUGUCGGCACACAAAUGAGUCAGGCGUUCAAUCGACGACAACGACCUCGGCAUUGACCUCACCGCAACAAUCUUAUCAUUCACACAUAUACAGAUCGAUACCUACACCUAUUGUGAUCGAUUCUUUUUGA